AUGACCUCGCAAUUCUCAGCAUCAACCCCUACCAUCUCUUCGGGCACCAUCGCACAGAUGGGGGGACUUGUGAAGGCAUUGCAAGAUGCGCAACUCGAGAACGGCGAGCUUAAGCAGCAAAUAGCAGCACUUCAAGACAAGAUCGCAGCAUUAGAAGCUUCAAGGCCUCGGCGGGGGAAAAAAUCCAAUACUACGAGUCAAGAAGGCGAAGCUGAUGACAAUCGAGUGAGCCGAAUUGCGAAACAAUUCACGAUCAUGCAUCAUCUCUGGGUGCCGGAUGAGAUAUUCCCAGUCUUGCGGCCCCCAAAGCCCUCCACUGAUCCUAGCUACUUCGGCGCGAGGGAGAAGUGGACAUUGGCAAUAGCUGCGGAGCUCUAUGAGGUCUUCCCUGAGGAUAUGCAUGGUACCCUCAGGCUAGCGAGUACGGGCAGUGAGUUUCGGCUCGCGAUGGGUGCACAGCGACAAGCAAUGGCCCACACUCUCAGAAACUGUGCCGCGAACAUCUUCGCUUCUAUUGGUGUACCUAGUCAAGUGUUCGAGAGCAAGGAGUCCCGGCGCACAUCUCCUGAGCUCAAGGCACUUUUGAAGCCCAGCAAGAACGGCCUUUAUCCGUCCCUCCCUCCCUUGCUCUAUCCACCCGGAAACUCCACCGACAUAUUCCAGAACCCCAUCCUCCCACUUAUCUUGCGCGUCGCAUUAUUUGGCAAGACGUCACUUUCUUCGACACCAGCCGCAAACUCAUCGGGCCGCAAAUGGGCUGUCACCGAAGUUACGACAGGCAGCAUCUGCCUGUCAGCCACCAUCGCACGGUUCCUAGCAUCCCCCGACUCAGAGCUAUCACCGAUUGGAGCUCAAACAAAGAUAAACUACGAACAAGAUUUUCACGACUACUACGGACUGAUCGAGUCGACAAAGAACUCUCGCAAAGGGCGGCAGCUGCGUGCCUUUUUCCAGCAAAUCGUCUUCAAAGAAGUGCCCAGGGCAAAGCAGAAUUCGGGCGAUGGCGAUGAAGAUUCAGAUCAGGACGACGCAUCGGAAUUUGCUCGCAUCAAAGCGGCAAUGCUUGAAACUUCGGACAAUGAAGACGUCGACAACGAUAACGAAGACGAAGACGAAGACGACGAUUCUGGUGCCCAGCACCGCAUCGGCACUGCCCACUCUCACAGGCAUAUUCCUUCGUUUGAGCCGCCAUCCAGUCCCAGUCCCACACCAUCUCCCCCCCUCUCAUAUAUCACAGCUAUCUCGCCGUUUCCUCAAUCUGCUCACACAAGUAAUUACGACGCUAUCGGCCAGGCUGCCCACCAAGAUGACAUGGGACAUCCCUCAAAGCAAGGCCAACGCCUCGCGUUCGAGCAAGACACCCCUCAAACCACCUAUUCAGCCUCACGAAACGAACCAAUGAUGGUCGAAGUUGCAACGUUGAAGGGGAAAGGGAGAGGUCGUGGAGGGAAUAAGCCUCGCGGAAAGGCUGCAGUUGCUGCGAGCGUUCGAGACGAACAGCCUCGUCGCACUAGCCAACGAGUCUUCACUGACAACAUAAGCUACAUAUCAAAUUCCUUACUGACACUAGCAAGUUCAUUCCCGACAAUCACUCGAGCUAUUGGUUUGACGAAGCCACUCCCGCACUUGGCCCCGUCGCCAACACUGUCAUUACCGAACUCGCCGACAAUCGCCCUGAAGGCACUUGAGGAAAGCACACCGAAACACGAUGACAUAGCUGCUCAUAGUGUUAGCCGGUCGCUGACGCAGCACGACAGUUUCUUUGGCGUGUUGACAACAUUGUCAUCGUCGAUGCGCUCGACUUUGACCGUGUCGAUGUCUGCCGUGAACUCGAUGUCAACGGCUACCCUCGGCACGCCCAUGCUGUCGUCUUCGAGCGUCAACCCAAAUCUUCCCUCGUCUGUUCCAACUCCAACCCCCGCUCCGCCUCCCGAUUCGCAGAUGCCCUCAGGCUUGGCUCUUGCUUUAGCACAAAGCGACGAUCUUUGA